CUCACUCACUGUGAUCACAGCUGGAGACAGGACGGGACUCGAAAAAGACCUUCGGUUCGUCCCAUCCCUCUAACUACCUACCACCAAAUCAUAUCACAUGGCACUAACAAUCACUCUUAAACCCGUUUUUGUCUGUCACGCUUCUCCUCUUUCUCUUUGAAUCAUCUUCAAUUGGAGAGCAUACAUACAUACAUAGGUAUCUUACCUUAUCAAAACACAAUUCCUGUUAUAUCACAUAGUAUAUUGGUUUACCGCGGGGUGCGGGGCAACGUCACUGACUGAUUAGUCUAUAGAGUUCGAUUCGAUCAACACUAACCUCAUCCCAUAUCUUUCUCUGGGCCUAUCGCUUCUCUUCUCAUCUCAUCCUUGACAAUGGAUGCAGCAACUCAUCCAGAGAUGAGACCCUCGUUCACUUUCCCUUCGCCACAAGUCAGAGUCGACCAACAUGACGAUGCCUCUGGCGAUAAACCUCCCCCACCACUCAUCCAUCACCUGACGGAACCAGCAGAAGUUCUUCAUUUCUCAAGCCCUCUCAGGCAUCACAAGAGAACCCCAAGCGCUCAUCGAGAAGUCAAGGAGACUCUCGAUGCGCAGACACAAUUUGAGGACGAGGAUGUUGAUGGCUGCUCUCAUCAUCGAGUAAACCAGUAUACAAUCUUGGAAGAAAUUGGCAGAGGUUCAUAUGGCGCUGUCCAUCUUGCCAAGGACCAAUUCGGCAAUGAAUAUGCCGUCAAAGAAUUUUCCAAGGCUCGACUCAGGAAACGCCUCCAAUCCACGAUCCUCAGGCAAGGCCCUCGAGGCCCAAGGCGUAUGGGCCCUGGCAUCGGAGGUCCCUUCAAUUCAGUGCCCAGGGUCAAGGACUCCAAUGACGCUCUGCACCUCAUUCGAGAGGAAAUUGCCAUUAUGAAGAAACUAAAUCACCCCAACCUAGUGCAACUCUACGAGGUUCUUGAUGACCCCGAGGAAGAUUCAAUCUAUAUGGUCCUAGAGAUGUGCCGAAAGGGUGUCGUUAUGAAGGUCGGCCUAGACGAACACGCCAAUCCCUACCCCGAGGAAAAUUGUCGCUAUUGGUUUCGAGACCUGAUAUUAGCUAUUGAGUAUCUUCAUGCUCAGGGUGUUAUCCACAGAGACAUCAAGCCAGAUAACCUACUCUUAUCUGAUGAUGACGUGCUCAAGGUCGUCGAUUUUGGCGUUUCCGAGAUGUUCGAAAAACCUGAAAACAUGAGAACAGCAAAAUCUGCAGGAUCGCCGGCUUUUCUUCCCCCUGAACUUUGCGGCAAGCAUGGUGACGUGUCGGGCACCGCAGCUGAUAUCUGGUCCAUGGGAGUUUCGCUCUACUGUCUAAGAUAUGGACGCAUUCCGUUCAACCGUGACGGUGUCUUGGACAUGUACGACGCUAUCAGGACCGACGAACCGUCCAUCCCCGAGGACGAGAAUCCGGACUUUGCCGACCUCAUGCGGAAGCUACUCAAUAAAGACCCGGAGCAGCGCAUAACCAUGGAUAAACUUCGAGAGCAUCCCUGGGUCACCAAGCAGGGUACGGACACUCUGCUCUCCGCUGAAGAGAACUGUGCCAACAUGGUGGAACCUCCCAAUGAGCUUGAGGUUAACCGUGCCUUUACUCGCAAGAUGAAUCACCUCCUUUGCGUCAUGAAAGCCAUCCAUCGCUUCAAGACCAUUUUGGCCAAGCAUCGCGCCAGAUCGAACAGUAGCCCGCCUAAACACACCGAGGACACCUUUGAUGCAUCCCAAGAAAGGGCAAAGGCAGAGGUGAUCGAGGCAUUGCUCUACCAGCGCCGGAAGUUUCUGAAUCAAAAGACUGACGAAAGCAGCCAAACUCCGCCAAUUCACGAAACAAAGGAAAAUAACACCCCUUUCUUGGGAAUCGGCACAGGAACAAUGGACGAGUUCGCCUCCAAUGAGGCUCCUCCAGAUAUGGUGUCCGAUUCGCCAACAGCCGUUGACUUCAACGUGUAUGACCGAGCGUAUGAAACUGCUAUAGAGAACAUCACGUCUGGCCAGAAUGAUUCUUCGAGAAGGCCCACAGUAUAUUUGACCAAGUUUGUCAAAGAGACACAGAAACUGAAGGGGGUCCCUGGGCUCACUGGGCAUGAAGACAUCUCUGAGAAUUCUCAUGACCUGCAGAAAUCGGGGCCAGCAGCCAAGCUUUCGCAUCUCACAUCCAAGCUUGGCCUCACAGGGAAACAAUAAGAACAAGUUGCACCUUGGGGUAAGGCUACGAGUUUGGAAAGUAUGUUAUACCAUUAUGGCGUCGCGGGUGAUCACAACAUGGUUGGUAGUGACGGAUUAAAGGCGGUGGACUCUUUUAGAAGCUCAGUGAGAACGAUGCCACAAGACAUAGGUAUAAAAAGGAGUGCUCACCGUGUAACAUGUCCGUUGGAUGCAACUGAGGGUAAUAUUUGAAGCAAUGGAAAGUGUGAACUGCAGGCCGGUACGAGUAGCGUCGCACUCGACAGAUUUAGAGCCUCGACAACUCGACCACAUACAAUAAAAGAGAGGUGAUGAUAACAACCACCAGGAAGGUGGUGACUCCCCUGUUUGGCGUGGUCGGGCAGCCAGGCUUUUGAUGAGGAGGUUGACAGCCAUGUAAGGAAUUUACAACUUUGAAAUAGAUGUGCACAGCUGCCCAGGCAGCCAAAAGCCGGUCAAUAUAGGAACCGU